UGACUUGGAUUGGAGACAUGACCAAAGAGACUGAGACUCUGGGACUGGUCUUUCAGAGCGAGAACUUCAACUUUAACCGUUACAAUAACUACGCCAUGGACUCGUGGUCCUACCUGGAGAGCACUCUCCCCGAGCAGAACCACCCCAAACCCAGACUCCAUCCAGGAGACGACCUGGCAGCCUUAACCAUGCUUUAUGAACAGUGCAAGAACCAGAAAGAUCACAAGAUUAUUACCAACCGCGCUGGCAACAUCUGCAAAACAGAGAGGAAUCUAACCAACACCAAUGAGCUUGUUUCAUUGGAGGCGUCCGCCAACGUCAUGAAGAUCCUCUCUGAGAGUGUUCCCUUAAGCCAUCACCAAGACGUUUUGGGAUCCAAGCAGAACAUCUCACUGCCCAUCUCCGGUCCUACCACCUCAGACACCUACGCCACCCUGACCAGCGUUGUGGCGGACAAUUACGACAAGCAGGAGCUCAACAUCAUCUUUGAUUCCCUGCUGACCGGUACUUUCCCCGAUCCGAGCACCGAGACUCUUCCCUAUAGCGAUCCCUUCCCUGAAGACCAGUCUAGCCCAGUAUACACAGGCUCCUACACCGGCUCUCCACCAGAGAGAUUCAGGAAUGAGUUCCAGUUUUCCCUGGGAGCUCCCUUGGCUUCUUCUUACAAGUCCAGUGAGCUGCCCAUGGUCUACCUGAACAAGGGCCAGUUCUACCCCAUCACUCUCCAGGGAGUGGACAGCAGUGCCUGCCUCACUGCCACUAAAGUCAAGACAGUGGUGAUGGCUGUGUUUGAAAAUGACAAGAGCCCAGAAAUGCAGCUCCGCUUUUGGAAUCACUGGCACGCACGUCAGCCAACCGCCAAGCAGAGGGUCAUUGACAUCGCAGACUACAAAGAAGUUUUCAGCGGCGUAAGCAACGUAGAGGAGGUGGCUUUCAACGCUCUCUCCUUUGUUUGGAACCCCAAUGAAGAAGCCAAGGUGUACAUCGGCAUCAACUCCCUAAGCACAGACUUUUCGGCUCAGAAGGGAGUCAAAGGCCUGCCUCUAAACCUGCAGAUCGACACGUACGACUUCAGCUCGGGAACCAACCAGCUCCUCCACAGAGCCGCUUGCCAGGUCAAGAUUUUCUGCGAUAAGGGUGCUGAGAGGAAGAUGCGUGAUGAGGAGAGGAAAAGAAGUAAGAGGAGGGUGAAGCCCGAUGCUAACACCAACAAGUCUUUAGUGAGCAGCUCCAUGGGCAGCGACUGUACCUUCUUCCAAACCCUGGAAGAUCACAUCACCCAGCCAGUUCUCUUUAUUCCAGAAACACACCUCUCCAGCUUACAGCGCAUGGCCCCUCCCAUCGACGAAAACGAAAGGAGUUCUAUGAAGAGAUUGUACACAGACAGAGACCAGAUCAGCUCUCCACCAAGCAAACAAGCCCGCAGAGAAGACCCACAAAGAGUUCUGCUGUACGUGAGGACGCACACUGAAGAGGUGUUUGAUGCGCUCAUGCUCAGCGCGCCGACACUGUCAGGCCUACAGGAUGCUGUUUCAGAGAAGUACGGUAUCCAAAAAGAAAACAUUGGGAAAAUCUAUAAAAAGUGCAAGAGAGGGAUUUACGUCAACAUGGACGACAACAUCAUUCAACAUUACACCAACCAGUCGGCCUUCCUCAUUGAGAUGUCCGAGGUCAUCAGCGGCCAGUUCCAGGUCACCCUCAUUGAAGUAUGAGAGCAAGCAUCUAAUCAGCCGCCUGCUCCACUGAAGGAUGUAACAAUUCACAGCUGCCAGUUCGAUCCAUCUCUAAUAGCACUGCUCAGUCAAAGACAAUGUAAGCUGUGGACUGCCAAAACCAAUAAGAGAACUGGGCUGAAGAGAGAGAGAGAGCUUUUUUCCGAUUUCAGUUGAAAACGUCAAUCAGUUUUCUCGAUGUUGUAAAUACCACUCGCCCCAUGAUUUUGUUAUUUGAAUUGUAACGUAAGAGCAAUUAUGCUAAACAGCCUGUACAUAUAUAAUGUAAAUAGAAUUUAAUAAGACAGUGUUUUAUGAACUAGCCAUGUGCAUGUCGCAAUUCAUUUUCCACAUAUUGCUAUGUAUUUCAAUUUUUUUUUACAGAGCUCUGCACAUGUGGACACAUUGUGUACAGCGUAUUUUCGAUAUUGUCAGAGGUUGCUAUUCUUGCUGCUUUUAAUGUAUCCAUCAUUUCUUCUACAAGAGCCAAUGGUGCAUUUCCCCACCCACAACCUACUUAUGAUGCCUUUCAAUGCCAUAAGUAUCUUCCUGUAAGUUCCUGUUAGUCUCAUGACUAAAAUGGCCCGACGGUUUAAUUCAUAACCAGAAGUCAGACAUUUCCAGCCAUAAAACCACACAAUAGUUAGUAUUGGCCAUCAUUUAGUCCAGAGUUGUGGACAUUUCCUUCCUUUAUGGUGUAACCACAGAGUUUUCCUGUAAACAGUUCAAACCCCCGACACCCUCAUGCCUGCCAGAGGACUUUCAUAGUAUGCGUGUGUGUAUGUAAAAAGUUGUAGGAUUUUUUUUUUUCCUUUUACGUUAUGCAUCAUUUCAAAACAAGCAUGUAUCCCUGUAAUAUUUCAUUAUUAUAU